GGAGCGCAGGGGUUAAGCGGUCUCCGCGAGGGCCCGCCCCGCCGCCGCGCUUCCCGCCUCGCCUCGCGGGGUUCCUCCUCCGCGUGUGACGCGCCCGGGCUUUGCCCAAAUAUGUCCCUUUCCCCCUCCCUAGUCCCGCGCCCGACGCCCGCAGGCGCCCCCGAGUCGAGGGGCCGGCACUUGGACGUCGCCCGGCGUCAGGGUCCCAGGCCCGUCCCGCGGGGAGCGCGCCUCCGCGAUGCCGUUCCGAAAAGGAGGGGCUGGAACCAGAAGAAUGCGUUCCCGCCCCAAGGCUGACGUGUGCAUCGCUGCCGGCCGGACUCUUAAAAGCGCAAGCGGAGCGCGGGGCAUCCUAGCAGAGCUGGAGAGGAGGCGAGCGGGAGGAAACCGCGGAGGACUGGAGCUGGCUCACUGGGACUGCGACUGUCACUGCUCUUCGAGCAUCCCUGAGUGGGGGCCUUACGGAGUGGACGAGCCAGGCCCUGCGGAAGUUGCGGGUGUAUCCCCAGACCCCCGCCCCUUUCGGAGCCUCUCGCCUCGUGCGAGCGUUCAUCAUUUAGCACAAAGCACGCUUCCCUAAAAGCAGCGCUACGGAGAGCGCCCGAGCAGCGCUCCCGCGCACAAACUCCCUCUUUCCCUUUGUUUCUGGGAGUCGACAAGCCGAUCCCUUCCCCAAGUCUAAGUUAUUCGCAAGAGGAGGGCCGCCGAGUCUAGGCUGUGAAGAUGCCCCUGGAGCUGACUCAGAGCCGGGUGCAGAAGAUCUGGAUCCCGAUCGACCACCGUCCCUCGCUGCCCAGAACCUGUGGGCCAAAGCUGACCAACUCCCCAACAGUGAUUGUCAUGGUGGGCCUCCCAGCCCGGGGUAAGACCUACAUAUCCAAGAAGCUGACUCGCUACCUCAACUGGAUUGGUGUCCCCACGAAAGUGUUCAACGUUGGAGAGUACCGCCGGGAGGCCGUGAAGCACUACAGCUCCUACAACUUCUUCCGCCCUGACAAUGAGGAGGCCAUGCGAGUCCGGAAGCAGUGUGCCCUCGCUGCCUUGAGAGACGUCAAAAGUUACCUGACGAAGGAAGGGGGCCAAAUUUCAGUUUUCGAUGCCACCAAUACCACUAGAGAGAGGAGACACAUGAUCCUUAAUUUUGCCAAAGAAAAUGAUUUCAAGGUGUUUUUCAUCGAGUCAGUGUGCGAUGACCCUACAGUUGUGGCCUCCAAUAUUAGGGAAGUGAAAAUCUCCAGCCCGGAUUACAAAGACUGCAACUCAGCAGAGGCCAUGGAGGACUUCAUGAAGAGAAUUAACUGCUAUGAAGCCAGCUAUCAGCCCCUCGACCCCGACAAAUGUGACAGGGACCUGUCCUUGAUCAAGGUGAUCGACGUGGGCCGGCGGUUCUUGGUGAACAGAGUUCAGGACCACAUCCAGAGCCGAAUUGUGUACUACCUAAUGAACAUCCACGUGCAGCCCCGCACCAUCUACCUGUGUCGGCACGGAGAGAGCGAGCACAACCUCCAGGGGAAGAUCGGAGGGGACUCAGGCCUGUCCGUCAGGGGCAGGAAGUUUGCCAACGCCCUGAGCAAAUUUGUGGAGGAGCAGAACCUGAAGGACCUCAAGGUGUGGGCCAGCCAGCUGAAGAGCACCAUCCAGACGGCAGAAGCCCUUCAGCUUCCCUAUGAACAGUGGAAAGCGCUCAAUGAAAUCGAUGCUGGUGUCUGUGAGGAGAUGACCUACGAGGAGAUCAAGGACACCUACCCUGAGGAGUACGCUCUGCGUGAGCAGGACAAGUACUACUACCGGUACCCCACUGGGGAGUCCUAUCAGGACCUGGUCCAGCGCCUGGAGCCAGUGAUCAUGGAGCUGGAGCGGCAGGAGAAUGUGCUGGUCAUCUGCCACCAGGCCGUCCUGCGCUGCCUGCUGGCCUACUUCCUGGAUAAGAGUGCAGAGGAAAUGCCUUACCUGAGAUGCCCCCUUCACACCGUCCUGAAGCUGACGCCAGUCGCUUACGGCUGCCGUGUAGAGUCCAUCUACCUGAAUGUGGAGUCCGUGAACACACACCGGGAGAGGUCAGAGGACGCAAAGAAGGGACCUAACCCACUCAUGAGACGCAAUAGUGUCACCCCACUAGCCAGCCCCGAGCCCACCAAAAAGCCUCGCAUCAACAGCUUUGAGGAGCAUGUGGCCUCUGCCUCCGCUGCCCUGCCCAACUGCCUGCCCCCGGAGGUGCCCGCGCAGCUGCCUGGACAAAACAUGAAUGGCUCCCAGAGCAGCGUCGACUCCUCCCAGACACACUGAGGCAGACCUGUUGGUUCCAUUCCAUUUCCAUUCCCGCAGCUUAGGUAGGGCUCUUCCCUCCACCCGAGGCCGACCAUCCCAACGACUUCUCCCAGAAAGGGCUGGGCGACGUAGAAGAGGGGUCUGCUGGCCAAAGUGAACCUCUGCUCCCAGCAGCACCUUUCCUGUGUGUGCACAGAAUCCAUGCUUCUGCGGCCACCCCCAUCCCAUGCUCUCCCCACUGUCCAGGCUGUGGCCUCACGGACCCUCCACAAGACUUGGUGAGGACGAUGAGCCGUGGAGGAGGUGAGAGAAGGCCCUGAGGAGGGGACGUUGGGCACCUUGUGCUGUUCUGUUUCGUGUCUGUGACCUUGGCCUGAAAUGUUCCCAGCUGGGAAGAUGACACUGAUCUCAGAAUCCUAAAAUUAAAGGGGCCUAGGUCCCCGUUGCUGACGGUUCAGGGAUGUAGAAAACGUU